GCAGCCACCAACCACUGCAGGGAUGGUGCCACCGAAAACAGCUUCCUGAAAAGAGUCAGUCGCCGCUGCAGACGAGGGGCUUGCGGAAGGUUCAGGGUCGAACACGAGGGUGGCAUCACUGCAGCAAACAUCAAUCAAGAGAUGGGUGGACAAAGAUGCACAGAAGAAGCUGGAUAUUGCGUGGGCGGAGGCGAUGUUCUGCGCUGGCAUUGCGUUUAGCUUCCUGAACUUUGACACGACGCAGAAGCUCCACGAAGUUUACUUGGAAGUGGCGAGUGCUCGACCGAAGGUCACGCUGCCCUCGUACAAGCAUAUGAGGACGGUGAUGCUCGACUUCAUCUACUUGCGAAUUCAAAAGCAAGUGCAUCCUCUGACAGCCUGUUGGGAUGAAUCAGGCUGUACAUUCAUCACGGACGGGUCAUCCACCGUCGAGAGCGCCCUCCUUUUGCUGCGAGACAUCAGCAAGCUAGACUGGGUGCAGAGCACUGUCAAGAGAGGCCACACGAUUGUGAAGUUCAUCCGGAACCACCACUCCACGAAUAGCCUGAUGAUGUCCAUUGACGAUUCCCUGACAUUGCUUCGUUCUACGGAAGUUCGGUUUGGGUCCGUGUACGUGAUGUUGGAGAGGCUUCUCAGCAGGAAGACAGUGUUGUCCGAUAUGGUGGAUCGGAAAAAUGCAGCACGGUGGACGGGGAUCCGUUGGUCCACUGCGAAGUUGAAGUCGAAAGCGGACCUGGUUUACUUCACCAUGAGGAGAGACAACUGGUGGACGAAGUUGAAGAAGGUGGUCGACGUCAUGGAACCGUUGUACAGCCUUCUCAGGAGGAUGGAUCGGGAUGGAACAUCGCCGACAAACCUUGUCGAAUACGACGACCUGAUUGAAAGGAAACUGGCUCACGUCGUUCUCACUAAGGAGCAGUGGGCGAGCGUCAUGGAGAAAGAGAGGUCGGGUGAAGAUGAUGUGGCAGCCAGUACAUGCACUGGCAACGCGAUGCAUUACCUGCAGAGACAGGUUGGAGGUCCUUGGAAAGGGCUAGACCGCCUUGACGUUUUGGGUGACCUGCACGAGUUUCACAAGGAGCCCACGCCGAACGGGCCCAAGAGAAAGGACAAGAAGAUGUGGGAGCCCGAUGCGAAGGUUGAUUGCGAGAAGCUCACACCGUCAGAGUGGUGGGCGACUUAUGGCGGUGAUGUCCACGACUUGCAGGCCAUUGCCAUCAAAGUGAUGGGCAUGUGGAGUACAGCAACCCCGGCUGAGAGGAAUUGGUCGUCCAUGGACUUCGCGCAUUCCAAAAGCAGGAACAGGUUGAAGGCUGAAACAUUGGAGAAGCUGGUGUACAUCCAUUGGAACAUGCAACUGCUGCGUGCUGCCAACAACAGCGGUGCCAACGAUGAGAACGAUGGAUCUGUCUUGAGGGGCCCUAAGGAAGAAACUAAGAAGACGGAUGAGGAGCUGGUGCGGCAAAGUAGCUUCAUGAAGACACCGAAGGGAAGGAUUCCAAAGAAGCUCGAGGACGAAGAGGAUGAGUGCACCGACGACAGUGACUUGGAUGAUGAGUUGUGGAAGGGGAAGUGUGGAUUGUCGGAUGAGACGAGCGGCGAGGAGGAGGAGGAGGAUGAAAGUGAUUCCGAUUUUGAGCUGGGAGCCCAGCCAUCGGUCACGAGCACUACUUAUGUUGGUAGGAGAGAACCUGCAGGGCGUCGGAGGGAGAAGCAGCCCGCGGUUUCCACACAGGCCGGGGGGGAAAUCUCCUCCCAAUACCAUCCUCAGUCUGACGUAGAGUUCCACCACAUGGACACGGACAUCGAGUUGCUGCUGCAAAGUGGUCCGGUUGAUGAAGACGAGGCGGAGGCCGACCGUGCAAAGGCAUUAGCAGAUCGCGAUAGAGACGCCGUCCAAAAACGGAUCAUGGAAGAGGACGCCCGACGCGCAGCGAUCCCGACCCGGAGGGAGAUUGAGAGACGCAAGAAGAAGGUUGGGGAGAAGGAACCGGAGAGACGUCGGGCAUUGGGUGCUGUGCAAGAGGGAGAUGAGGAAGAGCAACAACAAAGUGGACCGGUUUUGAAGGUGGCGGACCAGCAACAGGCGGAGCACCGCAAAGAGGCGGACCAACAAGAGGCGGAGCACCGCAAAGAGGCGGAGGAGAAGGACCAGCAAGAGGACAACGACGACAUGGACCACCUACAAGAGGCGGAGAAGGAGCAUGAAGAAGAGGACGAGGAGAUGGAGCAGCAAGAAGAUGCGGAGGCCAUGGAACUGCAAGAAGAUGCGGAGGGCAUGGAAGAACAGGACAUGCAGCACAACGUGGAUGACGAGGACAAUGAAGAGGAGCACCGACCUGCAGUGAAGACUGUGUACACGCGUAGGCAACGACCGGUUGUGUCCGCACAGUCUGUUGAGAACUCACCCGACUUCCCUCCAAGCAAUGAGACUGCCCAACAUGACAACCUGUGGGUGAGCAGGGUGGGGAGGAAGAGGAAGGAACCGGUGGAUGCUGCUGCUGCAAAGCCUAAGCGUGCUCGUGGCAGGCCCCGCAAGCUGAAGACCGCUGAACCCGGUGCAAAAAAAAAAAAAAACAUUCGCCAGUGCAAGGCUCGCGCGGAGGUUGUGGAGGAUGACCCCGAUUCAGAUAAUUGCAGUGAACGGUCAUCUGAAUUCGAGGGAAGCCACUCCGAUGGCGAAUGAGGUCGUCGUGAGUGUGUGUGUGUGUGUGUGUGUGUGUGUGUGUGUGUGUGUGUGUGAGAGAGAGAGAGAGAGAGAGAGAGAGAGAGACUUUAUGUAAUCGAUUGUGGAACAAUGUGGACGUGGUUUCUCUCCAGGCUUGUUUGUUUGUUUGUUUUUUCGAUCUUGUCAUCCCACCCUCAGCACCCCCCGCUGACAUCCCACCCCGAG